UCUCUUUGUUGCCAGCGUUCGGAAGCUGCCUCGAUGUCCUCAGCCGAAGCAGAAGAUACGGACGAUGAGCUCGAUCCGUAUCUGCAAUUGGAAGAAGACUUGCGGAACAUAAAAUCCGUGAUUCAUGUAACUCGCGAAAACAUCGACGCGUUAAAUGCGAAAUUUGCCGACUUCCAGCAACCGCCGGCCCUGUAUCUAGAGGAGUAUCAGGAGCUCACUUCGAAACUGCACGAUCUUGAAAUCAAGGAACAGGAUCUGAUUGAAAAGAAGCUUCAGCUACAACAUGAGCAGUUAAGCGAGCCUAGCGAACCUCCCGAUCCGGAAGAACGCGUUGAGGUACGACAAGAGUUAGUUGGUUGUGCUUUUUGUUUUGUUUUAUUGACAGGUUCCCGAAAUAUGUUCAUUUUGUCGGAAUAUUUGCAGACCGAAAGCAUGUGCGGCACACUGAGCAGGCAGUCAAAGAUGUUGCUUCGGGCCUUCUUACCGAAUCAGCAGCGCACAUCCGUACAAGUUAUCCCCGGGAUGCGUUUAAAGGAUGCACUAGCUAAGGCACUAAAGCGACGAAACCUUACGUGUGAAUUCUGUGAGGUAACGGCUGGCAACAAUGACUAUCCGAUUCCGUGGGAAACUGACGUGAGCGCACUGAACUGCGAUGAGGUGUUUGUUCGGAUUCUAGACAUCGGGUUUCCAACGUAUAUAUCGCAUCAGUUCAUUCGCAAAACGUUCUUUUCGCUUGCGUUUUGCGAGUGCUGCCGCCGGCUGCUCUUUACCGGGUUCUACUGCAACCAGUGCAACUAUAGAUUCCAUCAGCGAUGCGUUGACAAAGUGCCACCGAUAUGUAGCAAGCGGCACAUGGAUAGCACGUUUUAUCAUGUGCUGUUGGCGAACCCCGAAAGCACGGCUGGCAUUAUCAAUCCGGGGGCUGGUGGGUAUAGCACCAGCUUGCGACAUCCGCGUUCACUCAAUCAGCAUGACCGUUCCAAUUCGGCCCCGAAUGUUUGCAUUAAUAAUGUGAUAAAGCCAUUCUUUGGAGGGGAAAAUCGACACGUGAUCAGCAAUCGACCGCUACAGGCCCAAACAAAUCAAGAGCAUUCGCAUUCCACACAGGCAUCGCCCACUAACACGCUAAACCACAGCAAAAGACCGCGGGCCCGAUCGGCAGAUGAAAGCAAUAAGAAUCUGCUGUCACCGAGAGAUACCAAACAAUCGGACGAGAAUUGGAACAUCCAGGCGGAAGAGAUUUUAAUAGGACAACGAAUCGGUUCCGGAUCGUUUGGUACAGUCUACAAAGCGCACUGGCACGGACCGGUGGCAGUGAAAACAUUGAACGUGAAAACUCCCAGCCCGGCACAGCUGCAAGCAUUCAAGAACGAAGUUGCAAUGCUCAAAAAAACACGCCACUGCAAUAUUCUUCUGUUUAUGGGUUGUGUAAGUAAGCCGUCUUUAGCGAUUGUGACGCAAUGGUGCGAGGGUAGCAGCUUAUACAAACAUAUUCACGUUAACGAGACCAAGUUCAAGCUGAACACGCUGAUUGACAUUGCACGUCAAGCUGCUCAAGGGAUGGAUUAUCUGCACGCGAAGAACAUUAUUCAUCGGGACUUGAAGUCGAACAACAUUUUCCUGCACGAUGAUUUUUCGGUGAAAAUUGGCGAUUUCGGGCUGGCUACGGCAAAGGUAAGGUGGUCCGGUUCGCAGCAAUCCAACCAACCGACCGGAAGCAUUCUUUGGAUGGCCCCGGAGGUGAUUCGAAUGAAGGAACAGAACCCAUACUCGUUCCAAAGCGACGUUUACGCGUUCGGUAUCGUGUUGUAUGAAAUGUUGACCGAACAGCUUCCGUACAAUCACAUCAAUAACAAAGACCAGAUACUGUUCAUGGUUGGUUGUGGUAAGCUGCGGCCAGACUUGACGAAGGUGCGCACGGAUUGUCCGCAAGCGUUGAAGCGAUGCGUCGAAGAUUGUAUAAAAUUCAAUCGCGAUGAGCGACCACUCUUCCGGCUGUUGCUGAACAUGCUGGAAAAUAUGCUGCGAACCAUGCCCAAGUUCCAUCGCAGUGCAAGCGAACCCAACUUCACCCAGACGCAACUACAAAACGAUGAUUUUCUGUACAUGUGUUCAAGUCCCAAGACACCGGUGAAUUUUCACAACUUUCAGUUUUACAACGGAGCUGGAAAUUAUUAAAAAGGUUCGCUUUACACUCAC